AUUCAAUAACAUAAAUUUUCUGAAACACAAAUUCAAUCCAUAAAACAAAAUCAUGGAUUUUGUCACUCUGUUCUUGCCUUUUUUCCUUGUCAAGCUUGUUCUCAAAUUAAAGUAUCCCAAUUCCAUCAUUACAAGUCGUCUCUUCCAAGCAACCUUCCACUACUACCAUCCCUAAUAUCUCUCUCUCUCUCUCUCUCUCUCUCUCUCUCUCUCCACUCACUUCUAUACUCAUUUCAAUUCAAUUCCAUUCUUCUACCACACUUCUUCAAUGUAUAUAUAUACACAUGCUAUAUAGAACAGAAAAAUUCUCAAAUUAAAAUAGAAAAUUUCCCAUUUUUGAUAAACCAAUUUAGAAUAAUGGGUAUGAAAAAAAUUUCAGUUUUGAAUCAUGGGUAUGAAAAAAGAUUCAAUUUUGAAUAAUGGGUAUGAAUAAAUUUUCAAUUUUGAAUCAUGGGCAUUGAAGAUUCAACAAAGACAGGUUUAACAGUGAAAACCCCACUUCAAAUGCAAUCAUUUGGUAUUUUCCUCCGUGAACCGCCGCAAAAUGAGGUCACCGGCGAUGACAACCACCGCAACCCAUCACCGGCGAUGAAGAAAACAAUCAAGAAGACACUGAUCAUGGAUGAAACAUCAUUAGAAAACCCUGAUUUGGGUCCAUUUCUUUUGAAGAUGGCAAGAGAUACCAUAGCUUCUGGUGAAAAUCCAGAAAAAGCUUUGGAUUAUGCAAUUCGGGCAUCCAAAUGUUUUGAACGGGUUUCGGGUCCGGGUUUGGAUCUUGCCACGUGUCUACAUGUUGUUGCUGCAAUUUAUUGUAAUUUGGGGAAUUUGGAUGAGGCUAUUGAGGAAUUGGAACGGUCUAUUUUGUUGUUGGAUGUUGAAAACGGGUCGGGUCAUGCUAUGGUGAAAUUUUCUGGGUAUAUGCAACUUGGUGAUACUUAUUCCAUGAGUGGACAAUUGGAUAGAUCCAUUUUGUGUUAUGAGUCGGGUUUGAAGAUCCAAAUGGAUAUUUUGGGUAAGUCUGACCCGAGAGUUGCAGAAACUUGCAGAUACUUAGCUGAAGCCCAUGUUCAAGCCAUGCAAUUCGACGACGCAGAGCACUUCUGCAAGAAAACACUUGAAAUUCAUCGGGAGCAUUGCUCACCCGCUUCCCUUACAGAAGCAGCAGACCGGCGUCUCAUGGCUCUUAUAUGCGAAGCAAAGGGAGAUUAUGAACCAGCACUCGAGCACCUUGUCCUGGCCAGCAUGUCAAUGAUUGCUAACGGACAAGAUACUGAGAUUGCAGCUAUUGAUGUUAGCAUUGGAGAUAUUUACACGUCGCUGUGUCGUUUUGACGAAGCUGUUUUUGCCUAUCAGAAAGCAUUGACAGUGUUCAAAUCUACCAAGGGUGAAAAUCACAGUUCUGUGGCUUUAGUGUACAUUCGACUAGCUGAUCUUUACUACAAGACAGGAAAAUUAAGAGAGUCGAUAUCCUAUUGCGAAAACGCAUUAAGGAUAUACAGUAAACCUGUGUCUGGAAUAACUGCCGGAGAGAUUGCAAGUGGUUUAACUGAAAUCUCUGCAAUCUAUGAAGCUCUAAACGAGCCCGAUGAAGCGCUGAAGCUCUUGCAAAAGGCAGUGAAACUAUUGGAAGGUAUCCCUGGACAAUAUAGGACAGUUGCAGGAAUAGAAGCUCAGAUGGGAGUGAUGUUCUACAUGGUUGGUCGGCAUGUGGAUGCUUGGAAAUCUUUUGACAAUGCUGUCACCAAGCUGAGAGGCGGCGGGGAAAGGAAAUCUGCGUUUUUUGGAUUUGUGUUGAACCAGAUGGGUUUGGCGUGCGUUCAACUGUAUAAAAUAGAAGAGGCUGCUACACAUUUUGAAGAAGCUAGAGAGAUCUUGGAGAGGGAGUGUGGAACCUAUCAUUUGGACACUCUUGGUGUGUAUAGCAACCUAGCUGCAACUUACGAUGCAUUAGGAAGAGUUGAAGAUGCCAUUCAAAUAUUGGAAUAUAUACUCAAAAUGAGAGAAGAAAAGCUUGGAACUGCAAAUCCAGAUGUUGAUGACGAAAAGAAAAGAUUGUUUGAGCUUUUGAAAGAAGCAGGAAGAGUUCGAAGUAGAAGGGGAAAAUCUCUGGAAAAACUUAUAGAUUCAAACACCUUAAAGAUGAAGAAAGAAGGUAGAAGGAGAUGGGGUGCAUUUGGUUUAAGAACAUAAGAGGUCUUGUUCUUACAACAACAAUGUUUUGCACUUUUGUGCAUUUGUGAAAGUUUUUCCAUAAUCUUGAUGCAUGAUUUAGUUUUGAUGAAAAAAUGAAAGAGAGAGUAAAUUAUUUGUGAAGGAAAGUCAUGUAGAAGUGUGAUAUAUAAAGCAUAUAAGAGAUUUUGUUUC